AUGAGUGUACAGCCUGGGACGGGCCAUGUGGCUGAUCAACCAGGCAUAUCGGAUCUGGAUCUUACCUGGGACUCAGAUCAAUAUUAUGAUGAAUGUGUGUAUUACCGUGAAGGAAGUGAUCUAUACGCCGAAGACGUCGAUGGUCAGAUGGCGGUAUUGCCGGAAGUACCUGUGACGACGGAAGAUGUGAGGAUCGGAGAUAUUCAACUAUGGGGAUCUGAUAAUCAGACUCCAGAAGAAAUUGAGCGACUUCGUCAAAAGAUCUGGAAAGGAAGUUCCGACAUCUCUUGA